AUGGCACAGCGAAGAACGAAAGCAAAAAAUAUUAGUAAUGAAGAUAACAAGACACAUUUAACGACGACCAAACUUUCCGUUUCGAUGCGCACUAUAAAUAAUAACUUGCAAAUAUUAUCAAAAUUUUCAAAAAAGCAAGAGGAAUUUCUAAAUAAACAGAGAGUUAACAAAGAAUCAGCGCAAAAUGUAGAUCAGGAAAACACAUUAACGCCUAUAGAAUCACAACGUUUAAUCGAAACGACGCUUAAAGCCAUUUGUGAUUUGGAACUCUUCGAGAAAAAGUUGAAUUUAAAACCUCUCGACCUCGAAAAGGCGCUUUUGAAUUUAAUUAAGAAAAUGUUAGAUUUCAGUUUGUACAGAGAGGCGAUUGAGCCACUAAUAAAGCUACGUUCACGUCUAUCCAUUUACUUUGGAAUGAGACCAAUUAUCAACUCAUAUCGCUCCCAGAACGGAACGCGCCGUCCUUUGAAAAAUAAUAUUGGUACUGCCGUGGUCAAAGAUUCAAAAUUCACAAAAAACUCGGAAAAUCUUAAGGCAACUAAAGAUUUGAAACAUAUUUAUUCUGAGCUUUGCGUAUUUCCCAUUCCGGAAAAUAAUGAUACCAUUAAUCCGGAAGCAAAAUUAUUGGUUUUGUCGAACCUAAUUUUACCCAAAUUGCUGAAAGAUAAUGGAAACCCUAUAUUUUGGGCGUAUGCUAUGAAAGAUGACGAUUCAAUCCUCGUGAGCUCCCACUUGGAAGCAUUAAUGCGCGUUAUUUCGAGGAUUUGUGGGAAACUUCAAAAUCUGACAACGGACGCGUCCACGGAUAUCUUAAGAUUUCGAGCCGUUUCAAUAAAGGCAUUCACAUUGACCAAUCGUUUUGACCUGUCCUCUUUAUUGGAUUAUAUUCUAAAUUCUGCCAUACAAUGUGAGAAAACAAUGACUAAUAAUGGAAGUCCGGUCAAUUAUCGUGAAAUAUUUGCUUUUCAUGAAGAAAUGGCUAAUAUCCUCGAAGAACAUAUAUACUUGGCUAUCCAGAAUUUAAAAUUUUUUAAAUGGCUUGACCAUUUUUCACGCGUUGCUCGGAUGGUCAAUGGCUACGCGAAAAAUAUUAUCAUGCACGAAAAAAUAAUUUGCUACUUGUCAAAGAAAAACAUACCGGAAGCAAUUAGUGCACAGCUUAUCGCUCUUAAAAUAAGAGUUGCAUCCUUUGUCUUGGAAGAAUUGCUCAUCGCUGAUUAUGAAACAGAUCAUACAUCUCGACUAAAGAGUACAAGGAAUGCUCUUAGCCAUUUUUCGAAAAAUUUGAAGGAGGAUAGACCGAUUGGUGAAAAAGUUCGAAUGAUCUCACAAUUUUUUCAAUCCGCAGAAUUACUGAGGCGACCAUUGAUUAAAAUAAUUGAACUCGUGGAAGACACAUUUAGAAAUAAAGUCAAAGGAAUUUCUAAAAUGGAGAAUUCAUUUUUCUUGAAUUUGAUACAACGAUCACAAACACUGCAUAGUUUGCAUUCGAAAGAAUCAACUUUUAAAAUGAUUGAAGAAUUUACACAAGAAAUUACUCUAUGCUUAACCAGCGUGUGCAUAGAAUAUUUUAGUGAAUAUAAGGAUUAUUAUUUGAAUGGUAAAGAACAGGAAUAUUUGUUACAUCCUGAUAGAAUUUCACUAGUGUCGAUAGAUACGAAUGAUCUACUUUCCAGACUUGCCUCUCCGUUCUUUGAGUUACAAUCGCCAAACAAAUGUUACCGCUACAUAGAACGAGCGCUUCAGAUUGCUCAGUAUACAUCUUGUAUAGAAGGACUUCGUACGAUUUCGAACUCGUACUAUCGCAUAGGAGUCUAUUAUUAUAAUGAUAAUCAAAUCAGAGUUGCUAUUGAUCCCGUGUUAAAGUCGUGUGAAAUUUUGGAUCGAUAUAUGCACGAAUUACAACAGGUCGAAAGUUCAUCUGAAAAAGAUAUAGAGGAAAUUCGUGCACAGUUAAGCAAAAGAUUUGAAGUCUUGGGAAUCUGUUGGAAUCUAUUGGGCGAAGUUAGGAAUGCUCGUGAUGCUUUUGAAAAAUCCUUGAAAAAUCUUCCGAGAACGGAAUUUUUAAAAUUCGCGAAAUUAGUAUCUUCCCAGGGCGUUCAUUCUGUUUCUCAGCAGGCACCGAUAAUUCCAAAGUUAAUCGAACGUUACGUUAAAUUAACAUCGAUUGUUUGCCCGGAUGAAGAAUUUUUUCCUGUACACGAAGUUUUGCUGGACUGUGGAUUUGAUGGCAUUAUCUUAGCAGGGUUAUUUGAAUUUGAACUACGCGUGCUAAAGUCAUUUGAUGAUAGAUUAGACAGUUCAAACAUAGAGUUGGUGAUAUACGAAAAGUUACUGGAGUGGUAUGAUGGAGUGAAUUUUCCAAUUCGCAGGGCUAGGGUACUCAUCGAAGAAUCAAAAAUCACGAGUUAUAAAAAAAUAGGUUCAGGGAAAACAGCCGUAGAACUAGUUGAGGAAGCGCUGGACCUUUUAAAAACCGAUUGUUUAGGACAGGAUUUAGAUUUAGUACAUCUCCGUUCUUACUACUUAGCGACCGCUUAUUCUUGGAUGGGCAUUCUUACUUUUGAAUCUGAAAGUUGUACGUCCGAAUCAUUCAAGCGUGCAUUGUCCAUGUGGAAAGGAAUUCUCGUAGGCGUCCCUUCACAUCUUGGCGAUAAAUUUGCUUCACAGUCUCACAUAGAAAACGCACAAAAAAACAUAGAUGACGUGGAAAGAUUUUAUGGACACCUACAAAUGCUUGCAGAUUAUUUUGCGCUCUUUGAUCAACCAAUUAAUCAAAUUCUAACAUUGAAAUUGAUGUUGAAAAUCAAUAAGUCGGUCUCUCUGUACACUCAGAUCGGUAAAAUCUACUUGUUCCUCGGCUAUACCGGAAAAGCAGGGUUGGCUUUUUCACGAGCUGAAAAUUUUCUGGGAUCACAUAGGUGUACGGAUAAUGUAAAAUUGUCAUGGAUGUUAGGAUAUAGUUAUUAUCUAUGCAUGAUUGGAAACAUGGAGAAAAGUUACAUAAUAUUUAAUAAAACAAUGACCGUAGCAGAAUCUCGUAAUGUUCAGCUUAACCCCAGAAAUAGAAAGCACGAGCAGUUAUUAUUAGCUGAGGCCUAUUUGACACGUUCUUCCAUUGCAAUAUGUCUAGGCUAUCUAGAAGAUGCCAUAGAGUCUUGUACAGAAUCUCUCCGAGUAUUUAACAGACUUAUGAAAAAUAUAGACCGGAAUUCAAGGAAUGUUCCCGAUCGGUCCGUCAUCGAAACCAAUCCAUUUCUUGAAGAACGAGUGUCGACCGACAAUCAGAGGGAUAAGUCAAAAGAAACCCUUUUCGAUGAAUUUUUAACUUUAUCGGCCCAACGGUGGAAAUGGCGGGUGUCACAGAAACUACUUGAUUGUUAUAACAAACUCGGUCGACUCCAUAUAUUGCGCGGUUGUGUCAAGGAGGCUGAAUAUAUGUUCAAACAAGCUUUGUUACUGAUCGAUGCUGUGAGAGCGAAACCGACCACUAUUCACUUCUUACUUAAUAUCGCAGAACUGGAAUAUCGAAGACAUUGUUGGAAGGAAAGCGAAGAUAAGUUGUCAAAAGUAUCAGAGUAUCAACAAAAGGUGCAAGUGUUCCUAAAAGAAGCUGCAAAGGUGAAAUUGUGCUUAGGGGAUUUUAAACGUUACGAAGGAGAUUUCAAGUGUAGACAAGGUGAUUUGGAAUAUCAAGCCCAAUGUUACGAUUCGGCAAUAAAUUCUUAUCAACAUGCCAACGAAAUUUUAAGUGAAAUUAUGAAAGAUGAAUUCAUAUCAAAAAUCGAGCAGAUCGACUCCAAUGUGUUUCAAACGCCUAGAGGCAGGAAAUUUGUUUCGAAUCUGACGUCAACACCAAACUCCAGAGAGUCGAAUGAGGACCCCAUACAAUUUGAAUGCAUCUUACUUUCACAAAUGAAAUCUGAAUUGCAUCGUCGACAAGGCUGGUUGGUAAGCAAAAGAGGAAAUAUAGAAGAGGGUCUCAAGUUGAUCGAACUUGGAAGAAUUUCGACUCACUCAUGUUUAGAAAAGGCAGAAUAUCUUCUUUUGUUGAGUAAAAUUCAGAUUAUGAAGAUUUCUAGUGCGCUUAUCAAGCAGAAUCGUUUGGUGUUCGAUAAUGCUCAAGACUCUGUUUUAUCCCUACCUUUGACGAAAAGAAAUUCGCGAAAAAUUAAUCGAUCGUCAAAGACAGAUGUACCGCUAAAAUUACUGGAAGAAAUUGACAAAGCAGUAGAUUAUCUCACCGAUGCCUACGAUCUUAUCUACGAAUGUGGCCCAACUCAAAUUUUGCAGGAAGUCGGAUUAUGCAUUGCGAUGGCACACAUGAUUAAAAUAUAUGGGCAAAAUCAAAGCAAUGUUGAUCAAAUUAAAAUAGUUUCUAUUUGCUGCUUUUACUUAGAGAUGACGAAAGCUCUAACUGCAAAAAGAGAAAUGGUCUCCGCAUUAAAUGCGAAAUUAAAACCAUCGUUGUUAUAUAAUGAUACGCAAUGGCCACCGCAAUUCACAAAUUCAUCAAGUUCUGAUGAUAUUCGGGCAUCAAAAGAAACUGAGAUCUUCGAUGAAGAAACAAUGUUGCGCAUGGAAUUUAUGAAAACUUUGUCGGAUAAAUAUAAAAACGAGAGAUUAUUGACAUACGAUAAGUUUCUUCCCGAGUUUUCCGACAUUUUACCUUGCAACUGGACUGUAUGUUCAAUUUCGAUUGAUAUUGAGACAAAUGAUAUGUAUGUUUGUCGAUAUCGCCAAAAAACAAUGCCUCUAUUACUUAGGUUGCCUCUGAAACGUCAAUCCAGUAGAGAAGGAGAUACUGAGAGUUUCUCAUAUGACGACGCAAUUGGAGAAUUCAAGGAAAUAUUGGAGCUAAGUAAUCAAAGUAUGCGAGCUGGCAAGGAUUAUCAGACAAAACAGGAAAAACUAAAGUGGUGGAAAGAAAGGAAACAACUGGAUGAGAGAAUGAAAAAUUUGCUUGAUAAUAUUGAAGAUUGUUGGUUCGGUGGUUUCAAGGGUGUACUAAUGGCGCAU